AUGCAGAAUUCAGAAAAAGAAUGGUAUCGAUCAUCCGACAACGAUCAUUAUGCUUUGUAUUCAAAAUCCUUAAGCUCUUUACAGGAUUUAGAAUCAGUUCCAUGCAUCUAUGGUAGAAAGAAUUAGAGAUAUGUGUCACCCACUUUUAGAAGUAACACAAUACUAUACGGGGAGCAGAAGUACCGAGAGAGACCUGAUGAAAUAUUUUCCACCAUGAAGGAUACAUAGAUGGGCUCUCCUCAAUUAAACUAAUACAAGGAAAAGACUGAUGUCUUAAAGAUUUAGUCGACCAAUAAGCACGCUCCUUACCAAAACACUUUCCAUAAAAGCUCUGGAAAUCUGAACUACAAAAACUAUAGCGAAGUGCAGCUCGGCUUCAACCAAAACAUCAAAGACACUUAUUAGAAAUAAUUUUAUGAAAGAGGAAAAGCAUGUGAAGUAAAAUUUGGAAGCACGACAGAUGAUUAUGGUGCUUAUGAAAAUGUGCGAAAUUCCCCUCAAAAUAUCUAUACUACUCUGGAUGGAAAUAAGAGUAAAACUAUGAAAUAACAAUAAUCACAUGAAAAGUUUAGUCCUUAAGUUGAAAAAUACCAAAAUGAGAUUUCUCCUAAGAGAGUCUAAUUUGAUUUUAAUCCGAAAAUUCAUUCCAAAUCAACUUUUGAGACGGAAGUACCAACUGUAAUAACUUAUCCUCUCAGUUAAAGAGAUGAUUUUACAAAAGCUAUUCCAACUAGACAUCGUUCAAAGUUAGGCUAUCACAUAGAUGAAAUGAGCUUUAAAUAUAGACCACUGUCCCCAUAAGUUAAUCGUUAAAAUAAAACCUUGGCUAAGGAUGAUUCCUACUAAGCACCUGAUUGGAAUUUUUUCUCACCUUAGAGUGAUCCCAUACAAAAAGCCUAUUAAUUAAAAUCCAUGGAAAGAGUGAAAUCAGUUGACAGAGUUUAUUAAGAUAAGUAGGCAUAUUUUUCAGACUAGAAGUUGAAAUAUUAAAAGUAAAUUCUGUAAGAAACAUGUGAAUCACCAUGUGGUGAUUAGUUUAUGUAAACAUUUAAAGGUGAUACUUUAAAGUUAUCGCAUAAAGCCUUGCAGAGUAAACUGGAAAGGAGAAGAAAAGCAAUUAUUUAAGAAUAGGCUUCAUAGUAGUAUAAAGAUAUGUCAAGAUACAACAAAAGUGUGCUUCAAAUAAGCCAUUAAAAUUAGGAAAAUACUAAUAUAUUCCAGACAUUAGGUUAGAGAGAUGAAAUUUAGUAUAUGAAUACACUCAGAGAUAACAGAGAUUAUAUUGCUAACUAAAUUGAUUCUAAAACUCAUAAAUAGCGAAGUGAGAGACUUCAGAAAAUGUUUUAGGAGAGAUAAAUAGUAGAGGAGGCUUUGCAAACUUAAGCAAUGAUAAAUUCUCAUAGAAAUUAGUACUAAUCUCACGUAAGAGAUGAAUUAAACCGAUUCUAUAAUCAAGCCAAAGAAUAAAAAUAGAGAGAUCAAAUUUAUAGAUCAAUAGAACGGUAGCAGGAUAAAGAAUUCCUUGAUUAGGGAAUUUACAGAGCUAGAAGUAGAGAAUAUGAAAACUAAAAUUAGAGAAUGUAGAUUCAAUUAUAGCUUAGUCAAAACUACAAAGAAAAUGUAGAGCUUAAACAAGAGCAGAGACAUUAAGCAAGGAAUUAUCAGCCUUUAUCACAGAGGAUGACGUAGGUUAUUCCUCAUUCAAGAUAAUAAAAGGUUAAUUAAUCUUAAGUAACUAUUCAAAGUCUUAGGACUUUAGAAAACAUAAACUCUGCACAUAAUCAAAGCAAUCAUAAUCAUUAGAUUAGCAUGCAUUAAAUUAAUGCCCCUGCAACUCAUUAUGAUAGAUCUUUCGUAUCAUCACAAGCUGCUCCUGAAAAAUGCCUCUCUAAUGCAUCCACAGUAUCUAGUUGUAGCAUGCAGCAAGUUACUAAGGCAGAAAUAUCCAAGCAAGAGUUUGAACUUCGCAAAAAAAUGCUUUAAAAUAGGAAAUCUGGAAGAGGGCCACUUGAGAGCAAUAAUAAUCAUCUUAACAGCUUUAAUCAGUAGUAGAAAUAAAAAGAAAGAAAUCAAAGUCCAAAUAAGAAAGCACCAUCUGGUGGAAGGGGUGUAAAGUUCAACAUUAAAAGCAAUCAAGUUGAAAACUACAGACUUUAAUAAUGA